CUCCUAUAAACAUCCAACGCUUCCUUGCCACGGAAAGUGUCACACACUGCUCGUAAAGAGAUUAGUUUAUUAUUCUCUGCUUUGAUUCUUGCAAGAAUAUAGAGGAAGAUAGAGCUAAUUCUAUUCAAAAUAAUGAUGGCUAAAUGCGCGAGGAUAAUCCACGUACUGCCUUGUUUUCUGUCAUGUAGUUGACCUAUUCCGACGCUGAAAGUCGAGGACUCGUCUGGAAACAAUAAUGGACCGAGGCGGCUGCCAGUUAAAUGGCGGUGGCGGUGGGCCCGAGUCCGAAUCUGGGAAUGGGAUGAUCACGUUGGAAGACCUCGAGUCGUUUUCGGAAGACCCGCUGUCAGGUACGGGCAGUCUGGAUGAAAACACGGAGACCAUGGAGGAGGGAGAAGACCGACUGCUGCACUAUUGGCAGGACGUCGCAAGGGGUCACCAAGUGGAGGUCCCUCAAGACAUGGCAGAACCAAUCCAACAGCUGACGAGUAACGACGAGGGACGCAGUAACCGAGAGUGCGUCCCAUUCAACCGUCUCACACGCAAGGAGAAGUGCAACGAGUUGCUUUACGAGAAGCGCAGCUAUGAGAAGGCGCACUGGGCAUGCAUCACUGUGCGCGAGGAAACCUACGAGCAGAGCAUCUGCUACGGCUUCAUGAGGCUGAUGAGGUACAUCUGCAAGCAGAACUCCACCGGUGAUUACCUGGGAAUGAGCCUGCCCAUCGUGACAAUCAUCCACACCGACGAGAAGCAGUCUUUGAUUUCCCGCGAUGUCACCGUUGCCUACUACCUGCCAGCCGCCCACCAGUCCCAGCCUCCGCAGCCCACAGACAACGACAUAUUAAUAGAGAUCUGGCCUGCCGCUGUGGUGUACACAAGGCGUUUCACCGGACCCACCAACGAAGUGACCAUCAUCAAUCAGAUCCACGCUUUGGCCGAGGCACUGGACUCCCCAGGUGAGUGCGUCAACGAUUCAUUCAUCGUGGCGGGCUACACCAACCCUGCUCACGUCAACCGCCAGAACGAGAUCUGGUUCAUGGAGCGGCGCUGAGGCCAAGAAGAGGAGCAACCAGAGAGGUGAUCCACCUCGUCCCCCCACAGACAUCGUCCGUCACAAACCUGUCGACUGCACUUAACCAAACCCUGCCCUGACCAAGCUCCAUGCGGCCGUGUGGCUAGGAAGGGCAGACACACUUUGCUAUAGAUUCACUUUGUCAACACUCUCCAAUGCAGUUGGGGAUUUACAUCUGUGAUAAGAGUAUGCCCUUACCUGGUACAGUGUUCCCAUACCUCUUCUCUGUGUAAUCCUUACUUGUAAAACCACAUCACGACUCCUGACCCGACAAUAACUGGGCCAAUUUACACCUGUAGAUGCAGUUUCAAACCCUGCAUGUUACUAUCUCUUGGCCCUCUGUUGGCCUUAUUCCCUUACUUUUCUCUCUGCAACAUGAGGUACAAUGUUUCCUUGUAAUUGAGGAGUAAGCACACGAACAAGAACUUAACAACUUUGUUUUAGCGUCUUGUGGUUUUUACCUGUAACGUUAUCCUCCUGAUGUACUAUAUUUUCAAUCACACACGGUUUACACGGUUUAUCAUCUACAAUAGUGGGGUUAUAUCUGUUGUACGUCGGCCAAGAAAACCGGUCUUUCCCUGGCAAACAUGGAUCUGCAACAUAAUUGAUAAUAAAGAAAAACGGGUUGAAUAAUUUUAUAAAAUCGACCGAAAAGAAAGUCGUCAGUAUGAAUUUACAUAUGAAUAACGGAGAUGGUGAAUAUAAACACAACUCGAACAUUACUACAAACCAAAAGCAGUUAAAUUCAGUCCUUUUUAAUUGCAGUACGACAAUCAAAACAUGCUGUAUUUAAUGGGUUUAGUUUAUUUUCAAAAGUCAAUGCAUUCCUUUAUUUGCACAUACCCUUUACCUCUUUCUAUUCACAACUUGUGUCAAUGUGUCAUUAUGUAUGCACUACUGUGUACCUACUUUAAUAGAACUGCCACUAGAGUAGAAACUACUUAAAAAAAGAAUGAUUAAGCAAAAGCAAUUGCUGCCAAGAUAUUUUUUCAGUCCAAGAAAAAGGCAUAACUCAAAGAGUGGCAGUUAUGAAGAUAUGUAUUAUUUUUAUCUACAGAUUGUAUAGUCUAACAAACCAAUGUAAACGAUAAAAAUCGAACUAUAUUUUACAUAAACUAUAUGGAGGAUAUUACAGAAUGACUACCGUUUGAAUUUGCGGUCAUGGUUAACAAAGCCAUACAAGAAUGUCACUAAAAUCAAUGCAACCAUCGGAUGAACUCAAAUCUCCACUGUGUGAAGACUUAUGAAUAAUGUAACAUAAUAUGUAACAGCAACCAGCAAUUCCAAGCCAUAUAUCCAUUUAUUCUGUAGAUAUGCACCCAAUAUUGUUGAAAAGAAAAUGUGUCUCAGCUCAUCAAAAAACCCGUUCCCAUUUCCAUGCCUAUCCUGUGAAUGAAAUGUUGAUCGGGAGCUGGUCUUAAUGCAAGUUAGAAGAGACAGGAACGUGUAGGAAGUAUAUUUCACCAGUGCAGGUUGGAUUCAAAAGAUAUAAUCUGAUAUUCCUCUACUGGUAGUACUAGUGCAUUUUAAAUGUAGGCUGUUCGAAUCCUAAGACCCCUCUUUUUAAUUGGCAUAUUCUACCUAUGUUCUGUAGACAAGUGAAUGAAUGGAUGGUUUGUUUUUUGCUUUUAGUGUCUAUAAGCUUAUUUGUAUGUGAUUGGCAAUAGUGGGCUAUACAGUAAAUUCAGCGGCAAGAAAACAAUGUGGCUUUCUUUGUUGUGUUCAAAUGAAAGAAAAUGCUUGUUUUCUUUGGGCAAAUAUAUUGAUAUUGUAUUGUUUUUGCCUCGUCAUUGUUAUGAAUUCUUGGUGCAUCACCACUAUUUAAAAAAGUUCAAUAAAAUAAAAUUGCACAACUAUCUGGCACCACUAGAUAGUGCAUGCUUUUCCAGGUUUACUGCAGCAUACCCUUCAUGCUCAUCUAAAGGUUCUACUCAAGACAAUUGUUCAGAGGAUAUAUACCUGGCUAAAUCUGAAUAAUCUAGCAACAACUUGGGAAAUGACCCAUGCACACUCUGAUUUCAGAGUGCCCAUUACACAGCACCCUGGCGGAGACAAUCUGGGAAGUAGGGUUGGACCUUGACUAGAAUUAGGAUCAACAACUAAAAACCACCAAAUCCACUACUCUAUUCUUUGGACACAUGAUAUAGCAUUGUCUCUUCCCGAAGUGACACGAGUAGGACUCGGGUUACUAGUGUGACCGUAACAGGAUUGAAGGACACAAUGUACAGUGUCUAUCCUCUUCACUGUAAAAUAUGGUGACUGUACGAGAGACGGGGUCCAAAAUGGUCUUUCAGAAUUGUGUCCAUUUACCCACUGGAGUUAAGAAAUGUACUAGUAAAGCGAUUGUUUAAAGAUUAAACAACAACAAUUAAGAUUUUUUCACCUGUCAAAUGUAUCCACCUUUAGCUGCUGGCAGGUGUUAUUUUUGGACCCUGCCCAGAGGAACAUUACACAAUAAGAUAAUACCACCUUUCCAAACUCUAUCUGAACGGAAUAAAUAGUUUAGAGUAUGACCAAAUGCUUCAAAAACGAAUGUGUAUAAAUUAAAAUAUGCCCGUGAAAUUAAUGGCGUAACUAAUUGUUGUUUGAAUGGAAUAUCAUCUACAGUACAGUAUAUCAUUAAAUAUAUAAACAAUACAUGAUCCUGCAACUUGGCACUUAGACUGAAUGUCAGGUGUCAUAGAGUUGUUGUUUGUAUGCACACCCUAAACCCUGGGCGUCUCUCUAGGACCACCCAAAACCUAUUCUGCUGUGAUGCCAUCAAACUAGGAAAACAAGUAAUCUAUCCAUUACAGAUCCGUGUCAAGGCCAUUAUAAUUAACGUAACCUUCUGACAACAUACUAGUAUCCCCCAAUGUGCGAUGUUUACUUUCCCUUCUGUUUUUGAAAAAAUAACUGCAAUGUUUUAUAUGACAUAGUAAUAAACAGAGAAGACAAACAGACAAACAGAGAAACGAACCAACACAGAAUAUGUGUACUACUAGUACUACUAGAACAAACUAUGAACUUGUGUUUCGGAUAGGUAACAACUAGUCCCACAACUUCAUUACAAUCCUACCAUCCAGAUAAAACGGAUAACUGCUAGUGGCCAGUUCCAACUCACACUUGGGUACAAAUACAGGACACAGGUUCCCUUAAUGAUGUACCAAUUCGCACCACAGAGUUGGUUUCUCUAAUGAUCACUCGGACCAAUCGAGUCUCGUUGACGACCAUGGGAACUGACAACCAAAUGGCACCCAGCAUUUGGGGAGCCCCUUCGGGACGUGAUCAUUUUCUAGCAUCAUUACAGGUUAUUACAUCCGCAGUUACGUUCAUUUGCCACAGGGGAGAUUCAAAGCACCAACAGAAAGGGGUGUUUUACACUACGAACGAAGAAGAAGCCCCUACCUGCAGGUAGCGUGCCUGCUGAGCUGCGAGGGCCUCCCCCAGGGGGACCACCACCUUCUCCAGGGUGCGCUGGUGGGUGUGAGCCUUGAUGUCGGGACUGGCCUCCGAGCGCAGCUCGAUGUGGGAGAUCAGCAGGUUGGAGAUCACCUGCUGCACAGCCUGCAGGGGGGAGGAGUGGAGGUACAUGUGUAGAACAGAUGUACAUUAUUAAUAGGAGAAACGUGUAGAAUAGACGUACAUUAUUAAAGAGUCUAGAAUAGAUGUACAAUUUUAAGAGGGGGAGAAAUAGUGUCGAAUAGAUGUACAUUAUUAAGGAUUGUACAAUAGAUAUAUAUUAUUACGAGGCAGAGAAACGUGUAGAACAGAUGUGCAUUAUUGAGGAGGAGU